AUGCUAAUGUUGUGCUUUCUACAACAGGUGGUGCUGGAAGUAAACAGUGAAUUCAUUGUUGAGGUGGAAGAAUUAGACGUGGAAAAUGGCACUACAAAUUGGCAGGCUGUCAGAAGACAAAAGCGGGAGUGGAUCAAGUUUGCUGCAGCCUGUAGAGAAGGAGAAGACAACUCAAAGAGGAAUCCAAUUGCCAGAAUUCGGUCAGACUGUGAAGUGAACCAGAAGAUUACAUAUCGCAUCUCUGGGGUGGGGAUUGAUCGACCACCUUAUGGAGUGUUCACCAUUAAUCCUCGGACCGGGGAAAUUAACAUCACUUCAGUGGUCGACAGAGAGAUAACUCCAAUUUUUCUGAUAUAUUGCCGGGCUCUGAAUUCACGGGGUGAAGAUUUAGAACGGCCUCUUGAGCUUAGAGUCAAAGUUAUGGACAUAAACGAUAAUCCACCAGUAUUUACAAAAAAUGUGUACACAGCCAGUAUUGAAGAAAACAGUAAGGCAAACACACUGGUAGUAAAGUUAAGUGCCACAGAUGCAGAUGAAGACAAUCAUCUAAAUUCUAAAAUUGCCUACAAGAUCAUCUCUCAAGAGCCUACAGGUGCACCAAUGUUCAUUCUGAACAAGUACACUGGAGAAGUCCGCACGGUGUCCAGUUUUCUUGACAGAGAGCAAUACAGUAUGUAUAAUCUACUCGUGAGGGGAUCAGACCGGGACGGAGCAACAGAUGGACUGUCUUCUGAGUGUGACUGUAGAAUCAAGGUUUUAGACGUCAAUGAUAAUUUCCCCACCUUAGAGAAAACUUCAUACUCAGCAAGUAUUGAGGAAAACUGUUUAAAUUCAGAACUGAUACGACUGCAAGCAAUUGAUCUGGAUGAAGAAGGCACUGAUAAUUGGUUGGCAGAAUAUUUAAUUCUCUCUGGAAAUGAUGGAAAUUGGUUCGAUAUUCAAACAGACCCACAAACUAAUGAAGGCAUUUUGAAAGUUGUCAAGAUGCUGGAUUAUGAACAAAUGCCUAAUGUUCACCUUAGUAUUGGGGUUAAAAACCAAGCUGAAUUUCACCACUCAGUUGCCUCUCAAUUCCAAAUGCACGCAACUCCUGUGAGGAUUCGGGUUGUUAAUGUAAGAGAAGGGCCUACAUUUCACCCAAACUCUAUGACCUUCAGUGUGCGAGAAGAAGUAAGAGGAGAUUCCAUAUUGAAUUAUGUGCUUGGCACAUAUACAGCCAUAGAUUUGGACACGAGAAAUCCUGCAACAAAUGUCAGAUAUAUCAUAGGACAUGAUGCAGGCAGCUGGUUAAAAGUUGAUUCAAGGACUGGUGAAAUACAGUUUUCUAGGGAAUUUGACAAGAAAUCAAAAUACAUUAUCAAUGGGAUAUAUACAGCAGAGAUCCUGGCUGUAGAUGAUGGCUCUGGGAAAACGGCUACGGGAACCAUAUGUAUCGAGGUUCCUGAUGCCAACGACUACUGUCCAGUCAUUUAUACUGAAAGUAAAACCAUCUGCAUUGCCUCUCCAUCGGUCCUUAUCUCUGCAAGAGACAUUAAUGACCAUUCUUACGGGUCUCCCUUUACUUUCUGUGUUGCUGAUCAGCCACCAGGGACAGCUGACUUAUGGGAUAUCAGAUCCAUAAACGCUACCUCUGCAAUCCUUACAGCCAUGCAGGCUUUAUUUCCUGAAUUUUACGAUAUCCCAAUCAUAGUGAAGGACAGCUAUCACAGAGCAUGUGAAUUGCCACAGAUCGUGCAGUUAUAUGCCUGCGAAUGUGACAGCGACCACAUGUGCUUUUACUCUAGUACCACCAGCAUACACACCGGGGACAUCAGCUCCGUUACCAGUGACGUAUAUGGGUCUGUCACUGAUGACCAAAUUGGGGAAUCAAAUGUUGGUCUCGGCCCUACAGGGAUUGGCAUGAUCAUUUUGGGCCUCUUACUGCUGCUUCUGGCACCGCUCUUGCUGCUCAUGUGUUGCUGCAAACGAAGACAACCAGAAGGGCUGGGAACAAGAUUUGCUCCUGUGCCAGAAGGAGAAGGAGUGAUGCAGUCUUGGAGAAUAGAAGGGGCACGUCCAGAAGACAGGGAUGUCUCAAGUAUAUGUGUACCAAUGACAGCCUCUAAUACCCAGGAUCGUAUAGAUUCUUCUGAAGUAGUAACUCAAAUAGAAGUUCUUGCAACCAGGUCUGUGGACCUGCCUCUCUUUUCUCAGAAAGCAUAUGCUUAUGCUGAUGAAGAUGAGGGUCGACCAGCAAAUGACUGUUUGCUCAUUUACGACCAUGAGGGAGUAGGUUCUUCCGUGGGUUCCAUUGGUUGUUGCAGUUGGAUUGUGGAUGACUUAGAUGAGAGUUCCAUGGAAACUUUAGAUCCAAAAUUUAGGACUCUUGCUGAAAUCUGCUUAGACACAGAAAUUGAGCCAUUUCCUUCACACCAGGCCUGUAUACCUAUCAAUACUGAUCUCCCUUUGCUUGGACCUAACUACAUUGUUAAUGAAUCUUCAGGAAUGACUGUUUUGGAGGCUGAAUUCCAGGCAGAAAUGGCAGGGCCUAAGCCCAUGACUCAUGGGGAUAUUAUAGUGACUGAGACUUACAAUACUGCUGAUCAGUGUGUCCAGCCCACUACAAUUGUUUUUGAUCCUCAGCUUGCACCCAGUGUUGUAGUAACUGAAACAGCAAUGGCACCUGUCUAUGAUGUUCAAGGGAAUAUUUGCAUACCUGCUGAGUUAGCCAACACACACAAUGUAAUCUAUGCUGAGAGAGUGCUGUCUAGUCCUGGUAUGACUGGCACGAGCAAUAGUAGUAUGGCUGAUGGUUGUAUCGGACCUGUGAUGAGUGGCAGUAUUUUGGUUGGGCCUGAAAUUCAAGUGACCCAAAUGGUGACUCCAGAUAUUUGCAUAAGCCAAACAAUUGGCUCCACAUCCCCAAUGACAUCUCGACACAGGGUAACACAAUAUAGCAACAUACAUUACUCCCAACAGUAA